AUGGUUGGUGAUGCUAGGAUCUUACAAAGUGUGGUCGAAUUGGCAGUCAAUAACCAAUUCAAGGAAUUGUCAACGGUUUUGGAAACUUUAGGCACUUUGAAUAGUGGACGCCGUUUGAAGUAUAGUAAUAUCAUCAAUAUUUCCUAUGUGCUACUCAUAUUUGCUUCACCAUUACAAUUAUCUAUAGAUGAUUUAUUGAUACUUAUCAAAGGAAUGGAAGAUAAUAUAACUGAUGAGGCAUCAGACAAUGGUGAUGAAGUAGAAGAAGUAGAAGAGUUUGCCAAUUGGGUGAGUUCGAAAUGUGAAGAGUCCGUCGAUAGCAUUGAUUCCAUAAUGACAGCAAUAUCGCAGUUCAGUGAUAAGUAUCCUAUGGAAGAUGAUUUGUUAUUUUCCGUCUUGAAGACAAGACUUAUCAUCAAUUCUAUGUACUUGGAUGACAUAGAACUUAAAAAUAUCAGUAUAGUGAAUUCUCCAGCAUUUCAUCAAUGGUUCAAAGGAUUCUAUCAACCUUUCAAGUAUUAUUGGGAUAACUAUGGAAAACUCACACUGUCAAUUAAAUAUCACGAAAUAUUGGGCCAAGAUUAUUUCCAGCAUUUAAUAUCACCUGUUGGAUCCUUGGAUAGUGAUAAUUUGUCCCUCUAUAAUUGGUUGAAUAAAGUUAUCAUCCCAAUCAGCAAAUUCUCCCAUGACUUCUCACUGUUGGAACAAUGGUGUUUCAAUGAAGCAAAUCUUCAACUGAAAAGCUACGAAGUAUGGUUCACCACAAUAAAGAGUUUGGUUGACAAAGAAGUGCCUUUAGAAGAUUUCCAAGGUAUCGUAGAAAAAUUUGUAGCUUUUUGUUAUUUCGACAAGGAGGUGGAAAAUUCCCUAGAAAUGAUCAGAAAGUUUGAUUACAUCAAAGACACUUUAGUCUUAUUGGUUCCAAUUGCACCAAAAUCAUCCACGAUUAAAACGGGAGAAGUCAAGUAUGUUAAUGAGAAAUUUGAUAGUUUCCAACAAUUCAUGGAAAACACCAGUCUUAUACCUUUGAUUUCAAUAAGCAAGGACAGUUUGAUAAACCUUUCUGAAAUGAUAGAGAGUUGUUUGAAGCUUUAUCCCAUAAAUCAACUCACAAUCCCCAAGUUCUUGGAACUAAAAUAUGGCUCUUCUCAAUCAGAAGAUUUCAAAAGAGAGGCUUCUAUCAUCUUAGUUGGAAUAAAUACCAGUAAUUCUACCACCUUAAUUUCUUCCUUGGAAUUGUUCAAAGAUAUUUUCGUGGAGGAUGAUACAGAGAUUAAUGAGUUAAUGGUGGAAAGAUUUCUUUUCAAUAAUUUAUUCGAUUUGGUGGAUGACCAAGUACCAGAUGCAGUUUUACGUAAACUUCUUACCAAAAAGUUUUGGGACAGUAUCAAUUACAGUACAUCUUUAGAUGAUAUCAGAUUAAGCUAUGCUGAAAAGUGCUUGGACAUGAUGAGUUCCAAGGAACAAACAUCAGAGGAGAAGGAAGAGAUUUCUCGAUUCAGAAAUUUAUUGAAAAUGUUCAAUCUCAUUAAGAAUUUCAAGAUCUCCUUAAACAGGCAACCCAUUAGCCCUUCAGACAUCUUAAAGAAAUUCAGUAAAAUCCCUCAUAAUGAUUUACAACUUGAGUUAGAACCUUCUUCACCUAUGGGAUUGAUAACAACUAUUUUGGAGCAAAACCCCAAGAGUUAUAGAGCUUUCGAAAAGCUUUUCAAGAUUUUAAACCACUUUUUGAUCUUUUUGAAUGUAGAAAUCAAUUCCAACUAUUAUUUCAAACGAUUGAUAUCAGCUUGUAUCGAGAGUUCAUUGAUUGAUUUCAAUUUCAAUUUUGCAUACUCCAAAUCAAUUGAAUUAUUCAGCAAUUAUACUGACUUGAAUGAUUUAUGGUUGGUUUUCUAUCAGAUAGGAAACUACCAAACUCCUGAUUGGUUUGAUAAUCCAAGUAGUAACCUACCUAUACUUAUUAAGAAAUCAUUUGUGUUAUCCAAUUACUUAAGUGUGAUAAAUAGAUCUUUGACUACUGUGGACAAUAGUAGAAUAAUAGUCGAAUUGUGGAAUAAGAUCAAUAAUGAGAUAGAAGAAAUAACCAAUAACGAUACAUCCCUUCAAGAUCAAGAUCAAUCUGAUGCCAGUACAGUUAAUAGUACAGUCAAUAGUAUUGCCCAUGGUAUAUCGAGGAAUUUGAGCCCCAUGUCGGAAAAGCCUGGUGAAAAGUUAUCAAAUCUUUUCGUUUCGGGUUUGGGUUGGGCCAUUGGUGCUAAUAAGUAA